UAAUAGAGUCUUUUAAACAAGUACUCAUUCUGUUCCCGUCUGUGGGUGACAACCAAAAAAUCAUUCUAUUAUUCUCGAUUGCUCCAACCCAUUUUCCCACCGAUUCUUCGAUCACCGGCCGGCGAAUUUCUCUCCUUUUUCCGAUCAAGUCAAGGUAUUUGUGAAGUUUGAGAAGGGGGCAAGGCAUAAUGAGUCAGGUGUUCGAAGGAUAUGAAAGGCAGUACUGUGAGCUUUCUGCUAAUUUAACGAAGAAAUGCAGCUCAGCUAGUAUCCUUGAUGGAGAGCAAAAGAAACAAAAAGUGUCUGAAAUAAAAGCUGGCCUAGAUGAUGCUGAAGCAUUGAUUCGCAAGAUGGACCUAGAAGCUAGGAGUUUACCUCCAAAUGUUAAGGCCACGCUUCUUGCCAAGUUAAGAGAAUAUAAAAGUGAUCUGAACAACUUAAAAAGUGAAGUGAAAAGAAUCACAUCAGCAAAUGCAAACCAAGCUGCAAGGGACGAGUUGUUGGAAUCGGGGAUGGCAGAUACUAUGAUGGUGUCUGCUGAUCAAAGGCAAAGGUUGAUGAUGUCAACAGAGAGGUUGAAUCAUUCGAGUGAUAGGAUCAGGGAGAGCCGAAAAACAAUGCUAGAAACCGAGGAACUAGGGGUCUCAAUUCUUCAAGAUUUGCAUCAACAACGUCAGUCUCUCCUGCAUGCACAUGACACGCUUCAUGGAGUGGAUGAUAAUAUUAGCAGGAGCAAGAAGAUACUGACUACAAUGUCAAGAAGGAUGAGCAGGAAUAAAUGGAUCAUCAGUUCUAUCAUUGCUGUCUUGGUCCUGGCUAUCCUGUUAGUUCUUUACUUCAAGCUGGCCCAUUAGCUCAAUGGAUGGCUUUCAGAAUUUACGUGCUUCUCAUUUGUUACAAAAAGAAAGAAAAAAGAAGAGCAUGUAUUGUUGGAGUACACUUUCUUGAGUUCACAUGAUAAUUGUGAUGUCAAUUUGCGGUCUUUUUGUGGUGUGGUUUUGCCAACUUUCAUGUGCUUUUUGCCCUGGCAAUUGUCAUAAUAUUAAAUUGCCGUGUUUGUCCAUUACUAUGUCUGAAUUUGGUGAUCCUUGUCUGGGAUCCGUAAAAUGUAUUUAACAGUGUGCAGCGUUUGAUAGUGUUUUUUCCCUUACUUUU